AUUCCGGCUCUUUACAGCUAUGCUUUUUUAUUGGUUGGGACUGUGUCCGUAUAAUUAGGGCCGACUUGUUGCCAGAUUCAAUUGGUAUCAUGAAAGAAUAGGGACUUGAACUACGUUGGUUGUUCACUCCUUCACGAUAUGUCUGCAGCGACGCUGAGCACCACUACAAGCAAGCUGAAUGUUUUGGUCAACAAACUGCACGAGUACUUGGCUCAUUCCACUGUCGAGGACGACAACGGAGCACCAUCCUCAGAGGAGGCCGAUGGCCUGAUAAACAGGAGCUUCUCUGGGGAGAACUCGACAUGUCGUGCUGCGCCAGUGACUGGAGGGCAUACCAAAUACUCAAGGAGAAAACCAUCCGUUGUCAUAAAGCACUCUGGGCUGGAUGAAUCUGGGGACUCGAAUGCAAGUGAGGAUGUGGAUCUACCAGUCAGCGUAAAUGGUCGGCUUGACAUCACGAGAUUACCAAAAGGCACUGUUCUGGUCCGGCCUGAACCUGUUGAUAGUGGAAGAGAUGACUUUAGGGGUCCUGAGUUCCGCAGCCGGAAAUCCGGCGUUCUGCGUAAAGAGUUUUCCAGAAGACGAGUGGGAGUUGAUCACAUGGAAAUUGUCAGUUGCACUGCAUGUGGCCGACAGGUUAACCAUUUCCAGAAAGACUCCUUCUUUCGACAUCCAGUUCUGAAAGUACUUAUUUGCAAGUCCUGCUACAAGUAUUACUCAAGUGAUGACAUUAGUAAGGAUGGGGAUGGAAUGGAUGAGCAAUGCAGAUGGUGUGCUGAAGGAGGCAACCUGAUCUGUUGUGACUUCUGUAGUAAUGCCUUCUGCAAGAAGUGUAUCCUAAGAAAUCUGGGAAGGAAGGAGCUCUCUGGCAUCCUGGAAAGCAAAUGGUACUGCUAUGUGUGCAGCCCAGAGACCCUUUUCGACCUGGUGGUGGCCUGUGACAAUGUGCUGGAGAACAUGGAGCACCUGUGGUACCAGCAGCCCAGGAAGAACCGAGUGGAGCCGGAGAAGUCCGAACUUUACACCAUGUUGCCCCACUCGCCACAAAACAUCCCUCUGGAUAAGUGGGAUCACACUGGAAUGGAUGGUAAUGUGGUGUUCAACUAUAACACGCUGCAGAUUUCAAAGGAUGUUACCAAAAAGGCCAAGCAUUUAGUGGACUCGACAAACAUCCUCAAUCGGACGUUUGUCAACUUCAUUCAUACUGUGACGGCAGACCAACAAGCACCUACUGUUCGCAAUCUGUACCUGAACUCUUUCUUGACGGUAGUUAAAGGCCUGCGAAAAUCCCUCACGGCACUGGAGGACAGCCUGAAGGAAGAAUUCAGUGACUUGGAUGUCAUGAGCUGUUGGGAAAAGUUCUUUAGCGAUGACUUUGACGCGCAACCUGUAACAAAUGCAGACACGGAGCCAGAGAUCCCUGAUAAACGGUGCUUGAGUGACUUGCAGAAAUUAGCAGCUGAACAUUUGGAAGAUUAUGACUCCGGUGACUCCAAAGGUUUAAAGCAUCAAAGCGGGAAAGAAAUGGAUACAGAGUUGCAUGUAGCGAGACCGAGUGCGCAAAAGAUUGGCCUGCAGCCUUCUCAAAGUGCGCUCAACUUGACUAAAAAGCUAGUAGUGAAACUUACCCCUGUACCAAUGGCACGAGGUCCUUCCUCCGACGCCCCAGAGAAGGACGUCCACGUGAACGAUAAGGUGUCAGAUGGAAAGGAUGCAUCCGAGGCCCGACAGCCGGGCCUUGUGGGUGCCAGGGCUGACGGCAAGGUGACGAAUGACAACGGCAAUACACCGCAACCGCACCCGGAAAAGGAACAAGGCAAUCGACGCAGUCCGCGUUUGAAGACCACACCUCUGCGGCGGCCUAGCGACGUCCUGGCCAAAACGGCGUCUUCAGCGGCAGACAGUGAUUCCGACCCCGAGGAAACCGCCGUCUCUGCGGCAACCAAGAAUGCCGAGGAUCAAAGCGGGGACGGAACAAGAGACGACUCCGACUCUGAUGAAGUCCCCGCAGCUCUGCUCGAGCGAGCGGCAGCAACGCUGAGCUCCGAUGAACCCCAGAGCGACGAGAACGGCGGAAAAGCCUCAACUAAGGUGGCCAAGAAGUGUCUCUUUUGGCUCACCAAGAACACCCCGAUUUCCCCGGAGAACAUGCGGCGCAAGCGCAAAAUAUUGGACCGCUCCCCCGAGUCUGACUCGGGUGGCAGACGGGUAAAACCCCGAAGGGGCAGCGGGACGGAUUCCUCUAGUGACGACCAGGACUCGCAGAAGAAAGUACAGCACCUGAAUACGCUGAGGCCAAUAGGGAAGCCUCACCUCGUCAAACGAGAAGAAGAGGCUGUGGCGAGAAAACAGGGUAGGAUACAGGCCCGGAAGUCCAAGGCUAAAACUAAUCGGAAAGAGAUGGAGUCGUCAUCCUCGUCAAGUGAUGAUGAAGAGGACGACGACGAGGAUGAUGACGACAACGACUCUGGAAGUGAAGCAAGUGUUCAGAAGAUGAAGCCAAUCACUGAAGAUGUGGCCUUACAGGGAGGAGCAGGAUUCCACCAAUCCUCGGGAGAUGAUGAGCAGUCUGGGCCCUCGUGGGCAGCCGCAGCAGAUGAUGGUGAUGAUGAUCCAGAAAAUAGAAUCGCUAAGAAAAUGCUAUUGGCCCAAAUCAAGGCCAACUACUCCUCGGGCGACGACGUCUCUUCGGAGGAGGAGACGCAGGGUGAUGACUCAGAGGAUGAGAAGGUCAAGCAGGGAAAUGAAGAUAUGGAAAUCGAUGAAAAUGGGGACGAAGAAGUUACUUCAGACUCGUCCGACUAUUCGUCCAAAGAGGCCAACUCCAGGCACCACCUUCUCCGCCACAAGCUGACCUUUGAUGAGGGAGCGCAGAGCGCCGAGGCUUCGCCACGCAAUGUUGUAGCGAAGCGCGAGGGCAAGCAAAGAUGCGGCAGCAGACCCCUCAGCUCCGAUGGUGAGAGUGAGGAGGAAGGGAAGGAGUCUGAGCCGGAGGAUGUCGGCAUGAGCGAGGAGCUGAGUCAGUCGGAGGACGAGGCCGGGGGAAAGGGACCCGAAAGAUUAUCAAGCCAAGUGAAAGAGGCCCCUCGCAGUAACGAGCCGAAGAAACCAGUGCCCUGCAUUUUGUUGUCUGACUCCAGCAGUGAAAAGAGUGAUGAAGAGAACAUCGAUGAGAGCAGCGACAGUAAAUGCACCCCUAAAGGACGCAAAAAGAUCCGUGGAAUCAUCGGCGUUGAGAGCCUCCGUGCGGAGACCCAGGAAGCGCUCCGAGAGGAGCAGGAGAGAGUCCGACGUCUGGCCAGCAGGGAACAGCAGAUGGAGGCCAGGAGAGAGAUUAUUGUUAUAGAGGACGAGCUGUCUCAAGUGGCGUGCCCCAUCACCACCAAGCUGGUCCUGGAUGAGGACGAGGAGACCAAGAAGCCUCUGGUUCAGGUGCACAGGAACUUGGUGACGAGACUGAAGCCCCACCAGGUGGACGGAGUCCAGUUUAUUUGGGACAGCUGUUGUGAGUCUGUGAAGAAGGCCAACUCCUCUCCUGGGACAGGCUGUAUUUUGGCACACUGCAUGGGCCUGGGGAAGACUCUGCAGGUGGUAACGUUCCUCCACACGGUGCUGCUGUCAGAGAACCUCAAAUUCAGAACAGCCCUGGUCGUAUGUCCGCUGAACACCAUCCUCAACUGGGUCAGCGAAUUUAAGAAAUGGCAAAGCAGCAUGCAACAGGAUAAAGUUAAAGUCACAGAGCUGGCCACAGUGAAGUCUCUUCUAGAACGAAUCAGGGCCCUGCAGAGGUGGCAUGACGACGGAGGGGUUAUGAUAAUGGGCUACGAGAUGUACCGCAUCCUGUCACUAGCCAAGAAAAUCCAGGAUGAGGAGUUGAAGAAAGAGUUAAAGCGCAUUCUGGUGAAUCCAGGUCCAGACUUUGUUGUUUGCGACGAGGGACACAUUCUGCGCAACGAAGUAUCCAACAUCUCCAAAUGUAUGAAUACCAUCCGGACCCAGCGGAGAGUGGUGCUAACUGGCACCCCGCUACAAAACAACCUGAAUGAGUACCACUGCAUGGUCAACUUCAUCAAGAGGAAUCUGCUGGGCUCUCUGGGCGAAUUCCGCAACCGCUUCAUCAACCCCAUCCAGAACGGCCAGUGUGCUGACUCCACCUCCAAAGACGUGCGAAUCAUGAAGAAGCGAGCGCAUGUACUUCAUGCAAUGCUGGUUGGGUGUGUGCAGAGAAGAGAUUACUCCGAGUUGACGCAGUUUCUGCCUCCCAAACACGAGUACGUGCUGGCAGUGAGGAUCUCCCCGAAUCAGUACAAGUUGUACCGCCACUACCUCGACCACGUCACCGGUAUGGGCUCCAUGACUAACCCAGGUAAGGCGAGAACUGGAGCCAACCUGUUCAAGGACUUCCAGGUGCUCAGCCGCAUUUGGACUCAUCCCUGGUGCCUUCAGCUCAGCUACAGCAGCAAAGAAAAAAAGAGCCAUUAUGAAAAGAAGGACAAAAUGAAAGCUGCAGCUCUGCAGAGGAAUGAAAAAACCACUGUGGCUGCAAGUGGACUGAGAACGGACGAGGCUAACAGAGGGAAUAACAAUGACGGCGGUGCAGCAGUAGAAGGAGAGCAAGCAACCAUGAGCUCCACGUCUCAGGGCCCGGGCGAGCGCUGGUUCAAGGAUCUGCUGUCUGAGGAGGACGCCAAAAUCAUGGAGCACUCGGGGAAGAUGAUGCUCUUGUUUGAGAUCCUCCGAAUGGCUGAAGACUUGGACGAUAAAGUGCUUGUGUUCAGUCAGUCAUUGAUCUCAUUAGACCUGAUUGAGGAUUUUCUCAAGGCUUCUCACGAUGCCAGAGACCCAUCGUUAUUCAAAGCCCGCAGCUGGAUUAAAAACGUUGAUUACUAUCGUCUCGAUGGCUCCACCAACGCCGUGUUGAGGAAGAAAUGGGCCGACCAGUUCAAUAACGUCACCAAUGUUCGCGGCCGACUAUUUCUCAUCUCGACGAGAGCCGGCUCCCUCGGCAUCAACCUCGUCGCGGCCAACAGGGUGAUCAUCUUCGAUGCCUCGUGGAACCCCUCGUACGACAUCCAGAGCAUUUACAGAGUGUACCGCUUCGGCCAGCUCAAACCCGUGUUUGUCUACCGCUUCUUGGCUCAGGGCACCAUGGAGGAGAAGAUCUAUGAUCGCCAGGUGACCAAGCAGUCUUUGUCCUAUCGAGUGGUGGAUCAGCAACAGAUUGAGAGGCACUUCACCCUUUUUGAACUGACUGAACUUUACUUAUUUGAGCCGGACCUGCUGGACGACCCGAACUCUAAGAAAAGCAAGAGAACCACCUCUGUUUUGCCAAAGGAUAAGAUCCUGGCACAGCUGUUACAGACAUGUAAAGACCAGAUAGUGUCUUUUCAUGAGCAUGAAUCUCUGUUGGACCAUAAACAAGAGGAGGAGCUCAGUGAGGCAGAACGCAAAGACGCCUGGGACGAGUACAAGGCCGAGGUAAAGAGUUGCUCACUGCAAAGCACGGAUGCUAACGAGCUCCGUCUGGUGAAACUGCGCGAGCUACAUUCUGAAGGGUUUCACGUCACACUUGUAUGUUUUCACUGGAUGGAAAUGUGUGUCUUUCAGUCUUCCAAACCUCCAGCCAGCUUGAACCAGAACCCAUUGGAAACGAAGACCAAUGAGGAGCUAGUGGAAAUGCUGAACAGGAGCAGAGCAGAUGUGUCGCUGGCUUUCCUGUCAAUGCAGAAGACGAUGUCGCACACUAUCGACGACUACAUCUUGCGAGUGCGGCAACAGUAUCCUGUGCUGCCUGAGGCGGAGGUUGUGGCUAAAGCCAUGACCUGGAAGGUGUUUGAUGAGAAGGCGCAGGAGCGAGGACAGGCCUUUUAUCGAGAUAUUUUUACACAGCAGCAAAGGCUCAUGAACAGCAUUCAAGUGAUACUCAACAGUCGCAGGAUGCAGGCGGUGACCUUGAGCACCGCAAUCCAGCCCGGACCAAGAGACGCCCCCAACCCGGAUGUACGUUUGUCCACUUUGACUUGAUACUUUUGAACCAAUGAAUAGCAACACUGUCAGCUGGUAGGAUUGUUUCAAUAAUGUUACUUUUAACUUGCACACAAGUGUCUUUCUAUGAAGAGUUAGCUGCUUCAUACCAAACAUAAUUUCAAUCCCUUUAAACAGCAACUAUUGUAUAUGAUUUUGAUGUGGCUGUUCCCAAGUCUUGCAAUUCUAAAAUAAAUAAACAAAGCAAUUGGUUCUUUGAAAA